GUUAGAGAAAACAUCCACUCAUUUGGCGGAGAUAGGGAUCGGAUCACUAUUUUUGGCCAAAGCGCCGGCAGUUGGUCCGUAUCGGCACAAAUACUUUCCCCGCUCUCAAAAGGUAUGUUUAAAAGGGCUAUUGUGCAAAGCGGUGCCGUUAUGUAUAACAAGGACAGGGAUGUGGUCAACAAAACUGAGGCCAUAUCUCAGGGCAAAGCAAUAGCGAAACAAUUGAAAUGCAAUGAAACCGAGGAUUGGAUACAAUGUCUGCGAAGAGCGGACGCCAACGAUAUAGUGAAACACAUCAACCUUUUCGCCACUUACCCGGUGUUUGGCACAGAGUUUUUGCCCCUUCGUGCCCGACAAGCCUUCAAUGAGAAAAAGUUUAAUACAGAAAUUGAUUUAAUCGCUGGCAUCACAAGCAAUGAGGGCGCAUAUUUUGUUCCCUUUCUAAUAAAAGAUCCUGCUCAUAUGACACUCGCCGAUUUUAACAACGGACUAAAAACUAUAGACUCUUUGGGUUUUCACAAUAUAAAUGUGCCAAAAGUAACGGAGUAUUUCUUGAAAGGUGUCAAUACUAGCGAUUCAUUAGCCCUCUGGACAGCGUUGGGGGCAAUAUAUGGUGAUAUAUAUCUCGGUUGUACGACAUAUCUGUUCGCCAAACGAUUCGCACAAACUGUCAAAGAGUCGCAAAGGGUUUACUUUUAUGAGUUUUUAUACGCAAGUAAUUGGUUUGCAAAACAGGAGGGUUGCGAUGUAACGACCAUGGGCAUUUGUCACGGCAAUGAUGUACCAUUUGUAUUUGGUCUGCCAUUACUUAAUCCCGACGAUUAUAUUCCCGAAGAUAUCUAUUACAGUAAUGUUGUGAUGAAAAUGUGGACUACAUUUGCUAAAGACGGUCAUAUAGACUCUGAUUGGCCACAAUUUCUAAACGAUGACCCGAUGGGUGCGCCCAAAGUCCGCGGUUUAGACCCAAAGGACUUACGGCUAGUACUGAAAGACCCGUUUCAUGAAACAUGUGAUGGCGUGUGGGCCGACUACUUCCUAUAG